ACUCCAUUUACACAAUUAUCUGUUCAUUAAUUCCACUGUGUGUGAGGGUGUGUCUUCCAUAAUCUCUCUUAAUGGAACAGUUGAAGCCAAGUGCUGUUAACUCUUCUCCUCUCACUCCACUCACCUUCUUGGACAGAGCAGCCACCGUUUACGGCGAUGUCCCUUCCGUUGUUUAUAACGACACAACCUUCACGUGGUCUCAGACGCGCCGCCGAUGCCUCCAGCUGGCCUCUGCCCUCGCCUCCCUCGGCAUCGGCCGCGGCCACGUCGUCUCCGUCGUGGCCCCCAACAUCCCCGCCAUGUACGAGCUCCACUUCUCCGUCCCCUUCGCCGGCGCCGUCCUGAACAACAUCAACACCCGCCUCGACGCCCGCACCGUCUCCGUCAUCCUCCGCCACGCGAACUCCACGCUCGUCUUCGUCGACUUCGCCUCACGCGACCUCGUCCUCGAAGCCCUAUCGCUCUUCCCCAGGCAACACACUCAUCGCCCAACCCUAAUUCUCAUCACAGACAACACUGUCCAGGAAGAGAAAACCAAAACCUCACCCACCGUUGAUAAUUUCCUCCACACCUACGAGGGGCUUAUGAGCAAGGGCGAUCCGAACUUCAAGUGGGUCUUACCUAACUCCGACUGGGACCCUAUGAUUCUCAACUACACUUCGGGAACGACGUCGUCUCCGAAAGGCGUUGUCCACUGCCACCGUGGAGCGUUCAUCAGCGCAUUGGAUACUCUUAUCGACUGGGCUGUUCCGAAGAACCCUAUUUAUCUCUGGACGCUUCCGAUGUUCCACGCUAACGGCUGGAACUUAACGUGGGGGAUCGCUGCUCUAGGUGGCACCAAUAUUUGCGUCCGCAAGUUCGACGCUGGGGUUGUUUACUCUCUCAUAAGGAACCAUCACGUAACUCACAUGUGCGGCGCACCCGUGGUGCUCAACAUGUUAACCAACUCUGAUAAGAGGCCAUUGGAGAAGCCGGUUCAGUUCAUCACAGCCGGAGCGCCGCCGCCUGCGGCGGUGCUCCUCCGAGCGGAGGAGUUUGGGUUUGUGGUGGGGCACGGGUAUGGCUUGACGGAGACCGGCGGAAUCGUGGUAUCGUGUGCAUGGAAAGGAAAGUGGAACAGGCUGCCGGCGACGGAGAGGGCGAGGCUGAAGGCGCGACAGGGGGUGAGAACUGUCGGCGUGACGGAGGUCGACGUGGUGGGUCCCACGGGGGAGAGUGUGAAGCGUGACGGAGUUAGCGUCGGGGAGAUUGUUGUGAAAGGAGGGUGUGUGAUGUUAGGGUACCUAAAAGACCCUUCAGGAACCGCGAGGUGUUUCAAGAACGGUCGGUUCUACACUGGGGAUGUUGCUGUGAUGCAUGAAGACGGGUACUUGGAGAUAAAAGAUAGGUCAAAGGAGGUUAUCAUUAGUGGCGGUGAGAACUUGAGCAGCGUUGAGUUGGAGUCGGUGUUGUACGGGCACCCGGCGGUGAACGAGGCGGCGGUAGUGGCGAGACCUGACGAGUAUUGGGGAGAGACGCCGUGCGCGUUCGUGAGCUUGAAGGCGGCGAUAAAAGAGAAAGAGAAACUGACGGAGAAGGACAUGAUUCAGUAUUGUAAGGACAACAUGCCGCAUUAUAUGGUUCCCAAAACGGUGGUUUUCAAAGACGAGCUUCCCAAAACGUCCACUGGGAAGAUCCAGAAGUUUGUGCUCAAACAAAUCGCAAACAACAUGGGAUCCCUCAAACAUAGUCGAAUUUGAACACUGUGAUGGAUAUGUUUUUAGUUGAUAUACAAGCCAGCUGAUCAGUUGCAAUUUCCUAUUGUAUUAUCGUUUUAUCACUUUAUCACCAUCCACCAUAAUUAAAUAAUACU